AUGCAUGCGGGUUUCAUGGGGCCCAACUAUUCCGUAUCAACUGCAUGCGCCACAGGUAACUUCAUGAUCAAUAAUGCCGCACUGCAUAUCAGGAGAGGUGAUUGUGAUUUAGUCGUCGCGGGAGGCUCGGAGGCUGCCAUUGUGCCGGUCGGGUUGGGCGGCUUCAUUGCAUGCCGCGCUCUCUCAUCCCGGAAGGACAAUCCUACUGGUGCGUCCCGCCCGUGGGAUAAAACUAGGGAUGGGUUUGUAAUGGGUGAGGGGGCUGGACUCAUCGUGCUGGAAAGCUUGGAACACGCUUUGGAACGUGGCGCCCCGAUUGUCGCAGAGUAUUUCGGAGGGGCGCAGAGCUGCGAUGCGCAUCAUAUCACCGAGCCGCGACAAGAUGGGGGUGGAGUGCGAAAGUGCAUCGAGGACGCAUUGGCUGACGCGGGGAUUGUGAAGGAACAGGUGGAGUAUAUUAAUGCGCAUGCAACAUCCACACCAGCAGGGGAUCUUGCCGAGUUCAGAGCGGUGAGGAGCGUGUUUAACGGUGAUGUGAGCAGGUUGAAGAUGAACGCAACCAAGUCGAUGAUCGGACACGCGCUCGGGGCGGCCGGCGGUUUGGAGGCCGUGGCGACUGUCAAGGCAAUCGAGAGGGGACAAAUCCAUCCAACUAUUAAUGUUCACGAACAAGAACCAGAGGUGGACAUUGACAUUGUGGCAAACAAGAUGCAGGAAGCGGAUAUCGGUGUGGGAAUUUCAAAUUCGUUCGGGUUCGGUGGACAUAAUAGCACGGUGGUGUUCGCGAAAUAUGAAGAAUAGGCUCUGUUUUGCAUUCAUCGGAAGUCAAAUGUCUGAAGUCCAACAUGGAAUGGCGUCCCUCAAGCCGUUGGUUUGGAUGUAAGGGAUUGUCACGCUGAACGAUGAGAGGGAAUAAAAUGAUGACGAGGUGCUCUGUCGAGGCACGACGAAUCUCAGUGAUGAUUCCACCACCACAAA